AUGGCAGACACAUUGCCGCUGCCUGUUCCUCCUCGAACUCCUACACCACCUACGGAUGACCCUUUGUCAGAUCCAGAGGGGUUUAUGGUAGUGCGGUCAAUGGACACCUUUCGCGACAGAGAUACUUUGUCUCCAAUGGUAGACAGCUUCGCUGCGUCCGGGACCCUAGAUCCGUCCCGGAAUACGACGAAUGGGUCAUCCGAAGACAUGCAAGGGCCUUUUAAUUUCAAAACUACCACCCUUGCGAAGAGCCCUGUUAUAAAAUCGAACAUGGGCCAGAGACGUGGACAUAAAUACAAACAUAGCAGCGUAUCGCACCAGAUAUUCCUCGAACCCCCACCAAGGUCUCCAAUGCCUUUACCGAAUUCUCUGCCUAUUCCAACAUGGAGAGAAUGCCUCGGGAGCAUGUCCACCGACCAGAGAAUCCGGUUUUGGUGGAGUGUAUGCCACAUGGCUGUAGCUGGAUACACGCUAGGGACUGCCCAUGGCUCUAUGACAAUGACGGGACUCUCACAUCUUAUACUCUUCGACUCCCUGGGUGCCAUGCUCUGCGUCAUCGUCGACGUUCUAGGAAACUUCGAGGUCUGGAAGCGGUCCAGUAUUCGUCAUCCUUUUGGCCUUGAACGUGCAGAAGUCGUUGCAGGAUUUGCUCUGUCCGUUCUGCUGUUUUUUAUGGGAGGGGACCUCAUCUCACACAUGGUACAACAUUUGCUGGAAAAUUCAGCAGGCCAUAAAGCGCACAAAACCCACUCUAACGGACGAGUUUCGCCAGGCACUGUCGAUAUCACAGCUUUGCUAGCUGUACUAGCUACGUUGAUAUCUGCAAUUGCGCUCAAGAACCACGCAAGGAUUGGCAAGGCUAUGCAGUUUGCCUACAUCGAAUCGUUGCCCUCCAUCCUUAGUAACCCGGCGCAUUUUCUAACUCUUUCAUGUUCAUCUCUUCUUCUCCUGCUGCCGCUCUUAUCGAUUCAGCUAUAUCUUUGGUUGGACCGAGUCCUCUCGCUCACUGUUGCCAUCUCCAUGUGCGUUUUGGGUGUUCGUUUGGUAAUGGCACUUGGAUCCAUGCUUCUGAUGUCUUAUUCCGGUUCUGGGACUUCUUCUGUUCUGAGAGAUAUAUCCACCUACCCUGCGGUGAUUGAAAUUGAAGAGGCAAGAUUUUGGCAGGUUCACUACGGCUUGUGCAUAGCAUGCAUUAAGCUGCGAGUGGCUGGCUCUGACGAAAGCUUAGCCAAGCUGCGAGAGAGAACAGUCAGCAUGAUAAGAAAUCGCCUAGGUGGUGGAUACGGCACGGGUGGUCAGAAAUGGGAGGUCUCUUUGCAGUUUAAUGUUGGACAGAGUUGA